AUGGCAUUCACCAAGAAAACGGCAAAGGGUCGCCUCGACAAAUACUAUCACCUCGCCAAAGAGCAAGGAUAUAGGGCUCGCUCUGCUUUUAAAUUGAUACAACUUAAUCAAAAGUUCAAUUUCCUUGAAAGCGCACGCGUUCUUGUUGACCUCUGCGCUGCCCCAGGUGGCUGGCUCCAAGUAGCCUCCAAAUACAUGCCCAUGAGCAAGGUUAUUGUAGGAGUGGACCUUGCCUCUAUUAAGCCUCUACCAGGAGUCACUACCCUUAUUGGGGACAUUACAACGGCAGAAUGUAGGCGUAAUCUCCAGGCCUCGCUUUCUGGAUGGAAAGCCGAUGUGGUUCUUCACGAUGGUGCGCCAAACGUAGGGGCUUCCUGGGAUCAUGAUGCCUAUGCCCAGGCUGAACUCGUUCUCCACUCUUUGCGCCUUGCAACGGAGAUCCUGCGCCCUGGUGGUCUUUUCGUCACCAAGGUGUUUCGCUCUAAAGACUAUAACGCGCUGCUCUUUGUUUUCAACGCACUUUUUCGCAAUGUGGAAGCUACAAAGCCGGCAAGUUCUCGAGGUGUAUCGGCAGAAAUUUUUGUCGUUUGCAAGGAUUUUAUUGCGCCGAAAAAGAUCGAUCCGCGGUUGCUGGAUCCAAAGGCAGUGUUCGAAGUCACUUCACAUUUGCAGCUUGAUGGCGGCAGGGCAGCAUCAGAGAACUCAAAAGUUAAUAUUUUGCGGCCAGAAAAACAGACACGACACCGAGGUGGUUAUGAAGACGAUGCAUCUACAAUGCUGUAUAAAGAGAUCGCCCUGGAGGCCUUUAUAGUGGCAUCAGACCCAGCUGAGCUCUUAAGCUCAGCCAAUGCUAUACUUUUGCCGUUGCCAGAAAGCAAGCAUGCGGCUCAAAAUUCAGAAGCUUCACUUUUUUCACAGCAGCUGUCAGAUAUACUCUAUUCGCACCCGAAAGCCAACCCGUCUCCAGACAUCAUAGCGAGCUGUACGGACCUUAAAGUACUUGGACGCAGGGAAUUUCACGAGCUGCUCAAAUGGCGCCUUGUGUUGCGGCGCCAGAUGAAGAAAUUCCUUCCUGGAUCUGCAAAAUCUGAGCCGUCAGAGUUAGGCUAUACCGAAAUUUUGAACGAAAAUGCUCUUAAAGUGCAAGACAGCGAUGGUUCCAAAAUCCAAAAUGAAGAAGAAGAACAAGAUCUUUCUAAAGAAACCACGCGGUUGAUCUCAGUAGAGGCAAAGCGAGCAAAAAAAAUCAAAAAGAAGGCCCUUCUUAAAAAAGCCAAGACUAGAGAAAAGCUGCACCUUGGCCUUGCUGAAGAUGCCUCGCUCAUUGAUGCCCAUGAUCAAGAGCUCUUUUCAUUUAUGGGAUCUUCCAGUGCUUCUCUAGACGGGAAAAGUAUGAUGGCCCGUGGAGAAGAUGGAGAAACACAGGAGGAAUCUUUAGCCGAUGAACCAGAGGAAUCCUCUAUUUCUGGUGAUGAAUUCGAUCUUGAGGGCCAGCUUGAACAGUUGUACGCUCGUUACAAAGAACGUUCUGCUGGGCUUGCAUCUCACAAUCUCGAUGAGCUUGAGAACAGCCAGUCUGAAAACAUCGCCCCUUGGGCAGGCUAUUUUUCAUCUCAAAAUUCCAUGGAGACCCCCCUACAUCAAUUCACAGAUGAAGAUAGCUCUGAGGAAGGGCCUGAUCCCAUUGGUGGGAACCAAUCUGGUCUUCCUAAGCGAAUCGACCUGCUUUUUGCGAGGUCCACAUUCAAGGCUUUCAAUUCAGCCUCUGAGGACGAGGCCGACCCAGAGCCUUCUGGACGUCGUGCUUCUGCAUCAAAUCAAAAGCGGCCUUUGAAAAACAAGGCAACUGCGCCCUCUGACACGACAAUCGAGUUCGUUAAGGCGGUGGAACCAUUUCUCUCAAGAAAACGCCAAGCCGACCCUGAGGUCGGCAGUGAGGACGAACUUAAUGGGCCCGGCUCUGAAAAUUACAAAAAAAUCCUUUCCACACCACGGGGGCUCUCUUUAGCUCUCGCUUUGCGUUCACACACAGACGAAGACGAUCCGCACGGUGCUUCCGGCAGCCACAAAAGCAUCGCUGCAAAGGAUGCCAUGCGCGAUGCUUCCUUCAAUCGCUAUGCGUUUGACGAUAGACAUGCAAAUUUGCCUUCGUGGUUCAUGGAAGAUGAAUCGCGCCACAAUGUGCCGCAGGUUCCAGUGACCGCAGAGACGAUUCAAGCAGCCAAAAGUCAUCUAAAGACGCUUGCAGCACGCAUUCCAAAGAAAGAAUUGGAAGCCAAAGCCCGUGCCAGAUCGCGAGCAUUACGGCGCCUGACCGCUCAACAAGCCAAGGCCGGAUCAAUUGCCGCCUCUGAAGAAAUGAGCGAGUCACAAAAAAGCACUGCGCUUGCCAAAAUGCGUCCUCAAAGCUUGAAUUCGCGCUCUUCGCGAAAGAAAAAUAUUGUCGUAGCACGUGGUGCAAACAAGGGAGCCAAGGGCCGUCCGCGUGGUGUCAAAGGCCGCUAUAAGAUGGUUGACGCACGUAUGAAAAAGGAGACAAGGGCGGAUCGGAAAAAGAAGCGCAGCUCGCGGCGUUGA